CUUGGGCUUCAUUCUCUCGCUUCUUACGCGUGUUUUUCUUUCGCAGCUUCCAGGCAUGGGGCGAGGAGGAGCAGUACCCGUCGGCACCCCCUCUCAGCCAGCCGGCACGACCAGCCCCACGGGCGAAGACGGCGGAGCAGGAGGCACCUCUGGCUCUCUCAGACUAGCCUCAUUCAGUGAUGGCCUCGGUCGCCUGAGCGCAACGUCUCCGUGUGCAACGGCCGCAUUUCGCUCGGUGUGUUUGUGUCUCUCCCAGCCUUGUUCGGAACGUGUUUCCUAUCGUCGCUCUUAAUUGCGAUCGAAUUCUCGCGGCUCGGCAACCUGUACCGAGAGUGCUGUGUACCAGGACUACCCCUCCCGAUAAGCUCCAGCAGCAAGGAAGGAAAACCAGCGGAGAUGAACAGCCAGGUCGCCUAGCCGCGGUUUUCGAAGUGCGCCUGUGGUUCUCCCCCGCAUUCGGUGGCGUCUUCGCGUCGACGGCCUCUCCGGCCACCUGUGCUCGAUUGUGCCAAGGGGAAGCGGGCCGCGCGAUUCGAGCAAGAAGAGCGGCAACGAUGCAACGCGGCGGGCCCGUUAUGGCGGCGCCGUCUCCCGUGUCCGUGGUGGUGAACGGUUCCCCCGUUGCCCUCGAAGCGACCGAGCUGAGCGUGAGCCCGACGCCGACGAGUCCCGUGCCCCACGUGGUCCGCGUGUCCGUGGUCCCGGCUUCGACGGCGGUGUCGCCCCAGUCUCCGGCGCCGGUGGCGACUGCGACGGAAGCCGACGAGCGCAGCAGCAGCGGCGCGUCGAGCGGCACAGGCAGCGACGACGAGGCGCCGUACGACAGCGACUCCGGCGCGGAGAUGAAGUUCCACCUGCGCGAACUCGAGGAUACUCCGUCGUCGUCGCCCGACGGCAGCGGCGUCAGCUGCGGCCGCCCGCUGGACGUCGAGAAGGCCAUCCUGUCCCGCCAGGGCACAGUGCGGGGAGUGCGCAACUUGGUCAGGGCCUCCAUCAAAUGUAUCGCCGACUGCCAGGAGGGCAAGCGCAACUACGUCCGCGAGGAGGAAGGCCGCGUGGUCCUCUACACGACCUCGAUGGGCGUCAUCCGGCAGACGUGGGAACAGUGCCGGCGCGUGCGGAACACGCUCCAGACGCUGCUGGUGCGCUUCGAGGAGCGCGACGUCUUCAUGAACCGCACGCACCAGAAGGAGCUCAUGGACCGCACGGGACUGCGGCACGUGGUCGUGCCGCAGCUGUUCGUCGAGGGACACCACCUGGGCGGAGCGGAAACAGUGGAGCGCCUGAAUGAAACCGGUCAGCUCAGGCAGAUGCUCAAACCGUACAAGAAAAGCAGCGUGGGAGGCACGUGCACCAUGUGCGGAGGCUACCAGUACCUGCCGUGCCCCGUCUGCGGUGGCAGCAAGAAGUCGGCGCAGCACAGGCACCGCUUCUCCUCCUCCGUCAUCUUCCUCAGGUGCCUCAACUGCGACGAGGGUGGCCUGGUGCGGUGCCAGCUGUGCAUCAACGGCGACAGUUGAGCGUGCUCGAUUGUGAGCGCCCUCCCACGCUGCGUGCGUGCGUCGCGCCUCGACUCGCUGAUAUAUGCGCAGUCCCGAGUUAACCACGGUGGACAGCGGCAGCUUCUUCAAGCUCCGGAGACGGUUGCUUCACACGCCACUGAGAGACUGCCGGUGGUGUCGUGCGUGGUAGUUUCGUGAGCCACGAGCUCUACACGCUUCAUGGACGGACAGCGUUUGUCGGAAGAAAAUAAGGGCAGAGGACAGCGCAAACCGACGUGCAACGUGGUGACCUUGAGCGCACCUUCAGAGGACGUUGUUUUUUUUUGCCGAAACGCGGUUUCCGCGGCUACCCAAUGCGUGCCCGACCUCUAUACGGCUGACGUUUCUUGCUCAGCUUGUCGGACGGCUGGAGGCCCUGGCGGACUUUCGACACAGCGUUUCACGAACGACACAGCUGUCGAGUGCUCCAUCUCCAGUUGCGGCAGCCUGCGCAUUCUCUGCUUGAGGAAAUGAAGGAUCCGUGACCGGACAAACUGAACUGAGAUCUGCGGAAGUUGCUCUUUUGUUGUGCUUCGAUGAUUGUCGCCCUCCCCCUUUUUUCUUCUUCUUUUUUUUUUUGCCGGUGAUGGCGUUCUUUAGGGCGGGUCGUGAGCAGUCGUGAAUGCGUGGUCUCAAUCUUGGCAGAAGGCAGAACAUUGUUGACACGACAUCGGCGAUCUUUCGAGGACUGCGUGCAAGCUACUGUAACGCGUGCUCAUAAGUUGGCUUUGCCGUCGAAGACAUCGAUGUGACUCCUUCAUUGCUCAGCGUGACGGGGACAGUCUCCGUGUCACGCAGCACGGUGACACUCCGACUGAGAAAAAGCAGUCGGUGCAAAAAGUCAUACUGGUCCAAGUGCUGUAUAUGGUCUGAGCUGUGUAGGAUGGGCUUCGUAUACCUCAGAUUACUUAAUCGAGCCUAUUCUGCAUGUUUUUUUCUGCGCCAUCUGCCGGUGUUAUUGUAGAGUUGAAGUCUUUUGUCACCUUAUGCAGCAUUUCACUGGUGCUUUCACCGUUGCUUAAGGUAUGCUGCGAGUAGGAGCCGCCGUGUAUUGUAUAAGUAUACCUUGCACGUGUAAUAAGUAUACGUGCACGUGUAAAAUAUUUGUUCGCGGUGGAGUAUAGAUGGUUCAUUUGAUAAUAUUAAGCUCUGCUACAAAGUCAACUUGUUGGGUAACAUCUCUUUGAAAGCACGGGUACCAUGGUACCAGAGCAGUAACGAUGCUUCCCGUGGACAGUCCUAGGUAAUAAAAAGACGAUUAAUAUCUAGACUCUUCCUGCUGCAUUUAUCUUUUUAUAGCAAGAAACAAUAAGCAAGCCUAAUUGACACCGAACAUGCUUCACAACGUGCGUGCGCACAGAGUGAACUGAAGAUGAGUUUCCAAUGACUGGUACAGUUCACAUACGAGCUUCUCCGAGUGAUUGGAUGGUUUAUUCUACAGAUAGAGAUAACGUAUAGGGAGAUCUCGAACACAUCGGUGGAACUUCUAUCUGCCCGUCACGUAGAACCCCCGUUAUGCUCGUGCCUUUUCAGUGAGAGCUCUCCGCGGCUAAAUACAUUCUGACUUCCACUGUUAACUCCUAUACCUUUGGAGGCCUUUUCUAGUGUGCGUGCGCGCGCGCGAGGUUUAGAGAGGCACCACUAACAAAAUGUACAGAGCUCUAACUACAAAGACGUAAUGUAAUUUUUCACUGACGUACCCCAUAAUGGUCGCUGUGGAUUAUUCUAGUAAGCGUGUGUUCAGCGGUUUUGAGUGCGGCCUUGACAUUUCUGAGAUCUAGCGUUUCGGUGAAAGAGGAGACGUAGGAAGAACUUCAAGCUUCUACUGCGACGUAGGAAGUGGAUGUUUGUUAAUGCUUGGAAAUUUUGUAGACCCCAUCAACUUCCGCUGCGUGCUAUUAACUAUCGCUCUUUCGGAAUACGGCGUGCGCUUUGAUACAAAUGUGGCUUAGGAUUCAGUUCGCGAAGAUUGUGUGAUGUGCGACGUCAUCAUAUUGCUCAAGUCAUAUGACCGGGCGGUGGCGAUGUUUCAGUUGAAAGUGCCUGUGAAAAUUUGCUCGUUAGUUAAGCCCACAGUGCUACUUCAGCGCAUUGCAACCCCGCUUGUGCGUGCGACGUCUUGUACGUGUCCCAGUGUGUAACGUGAGUGUAUGUGUGUGUGUGCGCGCGCCAAUCUUGGGUUCUUACAAACUAAUCAGAGUGCGGAAUGUGGCCCCGACGGAAUGGACAACCUCUGCGUCCCAUUGUGGCUGUGUGUGUGAGACAUGAAAGCUGCAACUUCGCCCCACUUGCAUAGUUUGGAUGCCAUUUAAAGUCAGGUUAACUACCUUUGUGGGACUGCUUUUUUUUUUCUUCGGUCGAUUGCUUGAUCGAGAACAGCGUUCGUGGGACAGCUCGCUUUUAAUUCGUAUCUGGCGACAUAGCGUACACAGCUACGUCGUUUUCGCGGUACCAAUCGAAAAUUAUCUCUACUUUUAUUUGCCUUACGUCAUUUACUUGUCGUAGCGCAGAAAUUUAAACCUCCUUGUGGUGCUGACACGCAUCCUCCCUUUGGUUUUGAAGUGAUCUUACCUGACAGCAUGCUUUUAUCACCGUUACUGCCAAUACUGCCUCGUGGAUUCGUGCAUUACGAUAAGGAUUGCGUAACGCCGAACUGUGACGCAUUUCAAAACUUUUUUCUUUUCUCUUUUUUUUCUUUUUUAGCGAGUGUGCCGCGCACUUCCGUUUAGGAAAUUUACCCUAGCAGGGGCAAAUUGAAUGUCAGAAAUGCCCAAGAAGUCACUCUCGAUUUGAUUUGCGUGAUCGAUUUCGCAGGACGAUUGCGCAAUUCACAUAAGUUCUCGCUGGCAUAUACUGUAGCGGAAAACACAGCAACGAGUGUAUUCUCGACUUUCAGAGCGUUCAGGAUCAUUCCGCACGCAGUGUGUAAUUUCGCGGGCUGUUUCCUGUUGUGAGUACAAGAUUCCCUAUUAAAGGCGCUGGCUGCGAAACCUCCA